AUGAAAUAAUUUACGUGUUAAGAUAUUGCUCACGAAGGAGAAGCUAUAUAGGGAUUCUGUUUAAAUUUUGGAUGCUAGGAUUCAAGGCCUUAGUUCUGUCUAUAAUGUGGAAUUGACCCUAGGAAGCACUCUAAUUGCAAGAAAGAUUUAAAAGGAUUUGGUUAGAUUUAAAGUUUUAUCACGAACUUCAAUUAGAACAUACUUGAUUUAGGAACUGAAUUGAAUAAAUCCUUCACAUAAGUCAAAGUAGAAUAUGAAGAAUUCUCAAAAUAAUUAGAGAAUAUGAAAAUACAAUUAACUAAGAUAUCUGAAUAUUUAAGUCAAUAAGAUUAUUAAUAAAUGAAAGCCAAUUUAUAAUUGAUAAAGGAAUGGUACCAAUAUUUAAAAAAUCAAGAGCAGAUUACGAAGUAGAAUUAAAUUGGUAUUUUAUAUAAGUAAUACUUUUAGGAACUUAAUUAGUUAGAAUAAAAAGAAUGAUUAAAGCAUUUGAUUUAGAGAAAGGAUAAUAAUAAAUUUAAGAUAUCAAAUAAGAUAAUGAAAAUGCACUCUAAUAAGGUAUUCAAAUAUUUUAUAAUUAAAUUAGGAAUACAAUUACUAAAUUAGUAGAAAUGGUAGGAGGCUAAUGAAAAAAUUAAUUAAUAUAUAAAAUUAUCAGAGAAAAAAUUAUCAUUUGCAACAUUGUUUCAAAGUAAUUCUAUAAUUUAUAGAUAAUUAGGUAUAUGCUUAAUUGAGAUGAAUUAACCGGGAAAAGGAAUGAUUUUAAGAGAAUAGGGCAAAAAGAUUAAUAAUAACCUGUAUCCAGAUCUAUUGGCUUAUUCAGAUCAAGAAUUAAUUAAAGCACCAUACAAUUCUUUUAUGUUAUUAGCAAAAAGUAAAAGAAAUAUAUAAUUUAUAUAGGCUAUGCUUUAAGUGAAGGAAAGCAAUUUGAAGAGGCAAAAGAGUUAUGCGAAAAGAUUUUAAGAGAAGAACCUUAAAAUCUUCACGCUUUGUAUAGAAAAAGUAAUUGUGUAUAUUAAAAAAAUAGGCUAUUAAUUAUAUGAUUUGACUCAAUAUUCAGAAGCAAUUUAAUGUAUUGAGGUAGCUCUUAAAUAUAAUCCAUUGUAUAGUAUUGGUUAUAUAACAAAAGGUAUUAUUAAGUUAUGAUUUUAGGUGCUGCCUUAGAUGAUCUUAAGAAAUACAAUGAGGCAAUUGUUUGUUUUGAUAAAGCAAUCCAAAUAGAUCCAAAUUUUGCAAAGGCCUAUUAUAAUAAAGGUUUUUAAUUUCAAGAUUGUAUUAGGUGUAGCCUUAUAUAGUCUUAAGUAAUACAAUGAUGCAAUUGUUUGCUAUGAUAAAGCAAUCCAAAUAGAUCCAAAUUAUGCAGAUUCCUAUAUUAAUAAAGGUUUGUAAUUUCAAGAUUGUUUAGGUGUUGCCUUAAAUAUUUUAAAGUAAUACAAUGAUGCAAUUGUUUGUUAUGAUAAAGCAAUCCAAUUAGAUCCAAAUUUUAAAAGUGCCUAUUAUAAUAAAGGUUUUUAAUUUCAAGAUUGUAUUAGGUGUAGCCUUAAAUAUUUUAAAGUAAUACAAUGAUGCAAUUGUUUGCUAUGAUAAAGCAAUCCAAAUAGAUCCAAAUUAUGCAGAUGCCUAUAUUAAUAAAGGUUUGUAAUUUCAAGAUUGUUUAGGUGUUGCCUUAUAUAGUCUUAAGUAAUACAAUGAUGCAAUUGUUUGCUACGAUAAAGCAAUCCAAAUAGAUCCAAAUUCUGCAGAUGCCUAUAUUAAUAAAGGUUUGUAAUUUCAAGAUUUUAUUAGGAAAUGAAUUAAAGAGUCUUAAUAAAUACAAUGAAGCAAUUAUUUGCUAUGAUAAAGCAAUCAAAAUAAAUCCAAAUUAUGCAAAUGCCUAUAUUAAUAAAGGUUUGUAAUUUCAAGAUUGUAUUAGGAAAUGCCUUAGAUGAUCUUAAGAAAUACAAUGAGGCAAUUGUUUGUUAUGAUAAAGCAAUCCAAAUAGAUCCAAAUGAUGCAAAUGCCUAUAUUAAUAAAGGUUUGUAAUUUCAAGAUUGUAUUAGGAAAUGCCUUAUAGAAUCUUAAUAAAUACAAUGAGGCAAUUGUUUGCUAUGAUAAAGCAAUUCAAAUAAAUCCAAAUUAUGCAAAUGCCUAUAAUAAUAAAGGUUUUUAAUUCAAGAUUAAAUUAGGUUCUUUAUUAACAAAUAUGAAGAAAUACUCAUUAGCUAAAGAGAAUUAUGAGCAGGCAAUUAAAUAGUGCAAUUCAGAAAAAGAUGAAUUUAAACGUUUAAUUAUGGAAUUAAACAAUAAAAAAUGA